UGGAGCGAGGCGGUGCGGCCCGGAGCCGUCCUCAGCCACAGAGCCCCAAAAGUACACCCGCCUGGGGGACAGACCCUGCUGCAGCAACCUCUAAACACCAGAUGCUCGGUUUUAACAUGUGACACUUUUGGAGUCCGUGGCAACAAAUAAUAUUAUCAGAAGGCAAUUUAUGUGUAAGGCAUGGUUAACCUCUGAGUGCCUAAGUGGAAGCAUGUCUGCAAGCCGCCCUGGAGUGCAGGGCAGAGAGAAGGAUGUAUACACACGUUUCCAGCAGCUCCUUCCGAGCUCUGUUUCAGUGCAGAUGUCUGUUGGAAUUUCUCGUGCUGCAGCCUGUGCCUGUUGCCUGUUCUGCUUUCACUAUGGUCCUCUGAGAAGAGCCUGGUCCUGACCCCUCUGCAACUACAUAUUAGUAUCUUUCAGGGAACCAGGAGCUCAGGAUCAUGUCGGGGAAGCCCAGGCUUAUCUACUUGAAUGGAAGGGGCCGGAUGGAGUCCAUACGAUGGCUGUUGGCGGCAGCUGGUGUGGAGUUUGAAGAAGUUUAUUUGGAAACAAAAGAGCACUUUGAGAAGUUAAUCAAAGAUGGAUCCCUGCUCUUCCAGCAAGUGCCCCUGGUUGAGAUCGAUGGGAUGAAGAUGGUGCAGACCAGAGCCAUCAUGAGCUACAUAGCAGGGAAAUACAAUCUCUAUGGGAAAGACUUGAAGGAGAGAGCCCUGAUUGACAUGUAUGUGGAGGGAAUAUCAGAUCUGAUGCAAAUGAUUUUGAUGUUUCCUUUCUCUCCACCUGAUGCAAAGGAGAAAAAUCUUGAGUCAAUUAAGGAGAGAGCAACUAACAGGUACUUUCCAGUCUUUGAAAAGGUUUUGAAACAACACGGCCAAGACUUUCUUGUGGGCAACAAAUUCAGCUGGGCAGAUGUUCAGCUAAUGGAAGCCAUUUUAGCAGUGGAGGAGAAAGUUCCUGAUGUGCUCUCAGGGUUUCCUCAGUUGCAGGUGUUUAAAACCAAAAUGAGCAAUAUGCCUACAAUUAAGAAGUUCCUGCAGCCUGGCAGCCCAAGGAAACCCCCACCAGAUGCCCAUUAUGUAGAAACUGUGUUGAAGAUUUUUAAGAUAUGAAAGCCUUGCCACCUUUGGUGAGACCCAAAAUGCUGGGAGAGCAGGAGAAAGCAGAGCAGCAACCCCAAACCCUAAACCAAAGGAGAAGGAAGCUCAGCAAAUUAGUAUUGUUUUAGUUAAAACCAGUACUAGAGGAACAAAGCAACCCAUACCAGAAAUAAAGCAUUCUGUUACACUGGCAAUGUGACAGCAGCUUUUUCUUUAUUGAUAUCAAAUGCUUGGCAAAACAUGAAAACAAAGGGCUAUGGAGGCAAAGAACUAUUUGUAGGGUUGGGAGUUUACUAAUUUGGAAAAAGAACAAUGCAGUGUUAGUAUUGGCAGAAUACAACUUGUUGGAGAAGAUAUUUUCUACAUGAAAAGAAGCUCAGAGUAACAGCUGUGGAAGACAAGAAAGAGAGGACUUGCAGCACCACUUACCCUUUAAAAAAGUUGUUUCAAAUUUCCAUUAUCAAUUUUAAAGCUUGUGGGUGAACUGGAUUUUUAAGGUCCCUCAGUAAAGUUUUUUCAAAACUGAUUACUUUUGUCUAUAAAUCAGGUAUUUCAAACCUGAAUGAUCAUACCAGCUACUCCCAAGGUGCUUACAAAUAUAUUACCUCUUGAGAGCAAAGUGUUGUGAAAGCAAGGUGCAGUCUGCUUUGCAGACUGUAGGAAGGCAGAGGGGGUUUAUUUCUACACCUUUAGGACAGAACACAGAGCAACAGAUACAGUCCAUUUAAUUUCAAAUAAAAAUAUUACAGCAGACAAUAAACAGCAUUGUGAAGUGGCCUGAUGCAACAGAGAAGCAGCUGCUUAGAAGGAAACUGUGUUCCAACAACUGUCAGUAACCAGAUCUGAUGCUUAAUAGUCUAUGACACGAGUGAAGAAAAAAAGAAAUUAGAAAAAAUAUGGAAAAAUGAACCUGAGGGAGAAAACAGAAGAAUAAUAUUUCCCAAAAUACCUCAAUGAAGUGACAUUUCCGAAAGUCAAGUUAUGAGACAGACCAUAUUAGACUUAGUUGCCUGAAAUCUCAAUGGAUGCUUGUGAGCAAACAAGAAAUGUCAAUGUUGGCAUUAAAUCACCCUCUGAAGAGGGUGCUCCUCUCCCCUACCUCUAAGGGAAGGCUGAAGGGACUAGCUUCAUCAAAACUUCUAACUCUCUCAGUUGAGACACAAUCAUUUUUGAGUAUUCAGCUGUAACUGAAGAGCAAGCUGAGGGAUUCCUCCUGAGUUUGGACCUAUUGGAAGGAGACUAGACAGCUAGACCAGAUGUAGAUGUCUACAGAGUUAGGUGAGAUAGGUUUUCCUAAGUUGUCUACACUAUCAUUAACUGUUAGGCUUGAACUCAUGUUUCCCUACCAGGUGAUCACUAGACUC